AUGCAUCGAGUCGGACACGCAGUCAGGUUACCUUUUUUCCUUCCGUCAAUUCUUUUUUACCGACCCUCUCUUCAGAAUGGCUUCGUCGUCCACUUCCAACGCGACAAUCGCAGCCAGACACACCCAGUACAGCCAUGCGAAGACCGGCGGCUUCAGUCAAACCUCCCCCACACUUCACAAUCCGUACAAGUGAGCUUACCCCGAGGUUUUCAGUGAAACACUGCGAAUUUCAGAGAUGAUCCGAUCCUAGACCGGGCGAUCCGUCGCCUUCUGCCCGAGGAUCAGUACAUGAGAGUGGCGGCCGAUCUCACAAAGUUCGGAGAUCGCAUUACGUCGGAAAUCGAGCAGCUGGGCAGACAGGCAGAGCUCGAACAGCCGAGACUCGAGCAGCAGGACGCCUGGGGAAAGAGGGUCAGUGAGAGAACGAAGCAAAACCAUUCUGACCGAAUUCCCCCAUUUCAGAUCGACAAACUGAUUGUGUGUAACGAGUGGCAGAGACUGAAACAGAUUUGCGCCGAGGAAGGAGUCAUCAGCAUCGGAUACGAGAAGGACGUGGAUCCAUUCGUCCGGCGAAUCCAUCAAGUCGCCAAACUGUUCCUGUUCUCUCCGUCGUCGGGGCUGGUCUCCUGUCCGAUGGCGAUGACGGACGGAGCUGUGAAAACUCUCACUGUGAGCAUAUUCCUAUUACCUCUCUUAGCUGAACAUUACUGCCUUUUAGUCUCUGAACCUGUACGGAAAGCACAAGUUGGCCACCGAAGCCGUGGACCGUCUGCGAUCUCGCGAUCCGACGAAAGCAUGGACGAGUGGACAAUGGAUGACCGAAAAAAAAGGAGGAAGUGACGUUGCAGGCGGAUGUGAUACGUACGCAGUGCAAGUCGAUAAAGACACGGUUUGUUCCAUAACAUAGAAUUUUGACAUGGAACGAAUUUCCAAUUUUCAGUACCGUCUGCAUGGAUACAAGUGGUUCAGCAGUGCCAUCGACGCUGACGUGGCACUCACUCUCGCAAGAGUCGUCGAUUCGGAUGGGAAUGCGAUUGAAGGCUCUCGGGGACUCUCGCUCUUCCUGCUCAGAAUCCGUGACGACGCCGGCAAUUUGAACGGAAUCCAGAUGGUCCGUCUGAAGAACAAAUUGGGAACGAAACAGCUCCCGACUGCCGAGUUGCUGCUGGACGGAGCGAUUGCCGAGCGGAUCGGAGAGCAAGGCAGAGGAGUUGCCGGAAUAUCGAAUAUGCUCAACAUCACGCGCAUUCACAAUGCAGUCGCAUCUCUCGGUUACAUGCGAAGGUGUGUUUUCUGUGGUGUGCACAAAACGGAAUCAAACUUUUCAGAAUCAUUUCCCUGGCUCGAGACUAUUCAACGAAGAGAGUGGUUUUCGGACAAACUCAGUCGAAAUGGCCCCUGCACACGUCGACGCUCGCGAAAUUGGAGGUGGAGACUCGCGGAUCGAUGCUCCUUCUUUUCGAAUCCGCCCGUCUUCUGGGACUAUCCGAAGCUGGAAAGAGCAAUGACGUGGAAGCACUGAUGCUCCGUUUGAUCACUCCAGUUCUCAAGUUGUAUGCUGGAAAACAGUCUGUCCCAUUGGUAUCCGAAGGAAUCGAGUGUUUCGGAGGACAAGGUUACAUGGAAGACACCGGAUUGCCAACUCUUCUGAGAGACACUCAAGUGACUCCGAUUUGGGAAGGAACCACGAACGUCCUGUCGCUCGAUGUGCUCCGUGUCUUCUCGGGAAAGGAAAACAUCCUUCUGGCGUUCGGAAAACGCAUUUCCCAACUAUUGCUCAACACCAAACUCGGUUAGUUCAGCAGUAACAUGUCCAAAAACCUUAAGUGAUUGCAGAUGACGAAAAGUUGAAAAAGUCGAAGGAACACGUGGAAGUGGCCCUAAAAAAUCUCCAGAAGCUUCUGGUGAAGGCCAGCGAUUCGUCUCUUCAAGGAGAGACUCGAAUCGAUUCGGUCGCCCGCCACAUCUCGUUCGCCAUCGCCCGCAUCUAUUCCGGGGCUCUCCUCAUUGAUCAUGCUUCUGAUGCCUCGGUCGCCAACUCGUCUGACGUGGAAGUAGCGUACCGGUACUGCUGCGAGCAGCCCUUGAUCGAUCUCCGAUGGGAAUGGUUCGCCAACGACCGAGUGAAGAGCGACAGGGACAUCGUGUUUGACAACUACCAGGGGCUCCAGAAGAGUAAGAUUUAA